GAAUGUCUGAACAACCACGGGGAAGGGGGAAGGCCCGCGGGCGCGCCGGACGAGGGUCGCAGGAGGGCGGGCAGGCGCCGCGGCGGCCGGGCGAGCCGGCGCCGGGCGGGCCGCGGCCGCAGCCGCCGGCGGCCUGGGGCCCGCCGUCCGUGGCGCCGCCCGUGCGCGCCGGCGUGCCCGCCGUCGCCGCGCCGGCCGGCCGCGCCUCGCACAGGACCACGCCGUCCACCCACGCGCAUCCGGGGGAUGUGGACAUUCAGCAGCGCAUGCAGACGUUGGACAUAGGCCAGGGGGGCCCGGGAGGCUCAGGUGAGCCCGGCGGAGUGGUGAGCGGUCGCGGCUCGCGCCGUGGUGGCGGCAGGGUGCUCCCAGAGAACGUCAUGAUUCUCCGCACCCGCCCUGAUCAGUUGCAAUCGAAAAAAGGGUCUUUCGGCGACCCACUGGAGUUAAUGGCGAAUUAUUUCACCGUCCACUCCACGCCGCAGUGGCGCCUGUACCAGUACCACGUGGACGUGGACCCCGAGGAGGACAGCACCGGCACCCGCAAGGCGCUGCUGCGUGUCCACGCCAACACUCUAGGAGGGUAUAUAUUUGACGGCUGCGUCCUGUACACCGUCAAGAAGCUGCACCCCAACCCUUUGGAGUUGUACUCCGACCGUAGGACGGACGGGCAGCGUAUGAGACUUCUCAUCAAGCUUACCCAAGAUGUCGCACCGGGUGACUACCAUUACCUACAGAUUUUCAAUCUGAUCAUCAGAAAGUGUUUUUACAAGCUGAACUUGCAGUUGAUGGGCAGGGACUUUUUCGACCCUGAUGCUAAGGUUGACAUCCCAGAAUACAAGCUCCAAAUUUGGCCCGGCUACAAGACAACAAUAAAUCAAUAUGAGGACCGCCUCCUUAUGGUGACCGAGAUCACCCAUAAAGUGCUGCGCAUGGACACGGUUUUGCAAAUGCUGCAAGAAUAUGCCCAAACCAAGGGCGCCAACUUUAAGAAAAUUUUCGUGGAAGACGUGGCGGGCAAAAUCGUGAUGACCGACUACAACAAGCGAACCUACCGCGUAGAUGACGUGGCCUGGAACGAGUCUCCGUCGUCCACAUUCAAAAUGAAGGAGCAGACCAUAUCCUAUAUGGACUACUAUAAAACUAAAUACGACAUCCGCAUCAACGACGCUCGGCAGCCGCUGCUGAUCUCCCGCUCGAAGCCGCGCGAGAUCCGCGCCGGCAUGCCCGAGCUGGUGUACCUGGUGCCCGAGCUGUGCCGCCAGACCGGCCUCUCCGACGAGAUGCGCGCCAACUUCCAGCUCAUGAAGGCCAUGGCCGUCCACACCAAGAUCGGCCCCGAUACCAGGAUACAGAAGCUGCUCGCAUUCAACAGGCGCUUUACGCAGAACAAGGAGGUGGUCGCGGAACUGGGGACAUGGGACCUGAAAUUAUCCAAUGAACUAAUCAAGUUCAAAGGCCGUCUACUCCCGCCGGAGAACAUCACGCAGGGCGACGGGCGGAAAUACCCCGCCGGCCUCACCACUGAAGGCUGGACUAGAGACAUGAGGUCUCGGCCUCUGCUCUCUUUCGGGCCGUGCCCCUCGUGGGUGGUGAUCACGCCGGAGCGCCAGCGCCGCGACGCCGAGGCCUUCGUGGCGCUCAUUAUGAAGACUGGCAGCGGGGCCGGCUUCAGAAUGCCGCAACCGGAAGUUGUGUCCAUCCAGCGUGACGGGUCGAUGGAGUACGCCAACAUGUGCGAGAAUGUAAUCGCCAAGAAAAAUCCGGCCCUCAUUCUGUGCGUCUUGGCAAGACAGAUGGCGGACAGGUACGAAGCGAUCAAGAAGAAGUGCACGGUGGACCGCGCCGUGCCCACGCAGGUGGUAUGCGGCCGCAACAUGACGUGCAAGUCCGCCAUGUCCAUCGCCACCAAGGUGGCCAUACAGAUCAACUGUAAGCUGGGCGGCGCGCCGUGGACGGUGGACAUCCCGCUGCCGAACCUGAUGGUGAUCGGGUACGACGUGUGCCACGACACGCGCAGCAAGGAGAAGAGCUUCGGCGCCUUCGUGGCCUCCAUGGACCGCCAGCAGACGCGCUACAUCUCCUCCGUCAACGCGCACACCUCCGGCGAGGAGCUCUCCUCGCACAUGGGCUUCAACAUCACCGUCGCGCUGAAGAAGUACCGAGAGAUCAACCAAAAGCUGCCGUCGCAUAUCAUCAUUUACCGUGACGGGGUGGGCGACGGACAAAUCCCGUAUGUGCAUAGCCACGAGGUGGGUGAGAUCAAGAAGAAGCUGAACGAGGUGUACGCGGAGGCGCCGUACAGGCUGUGCUUCAUCAUCGUAUCGAAGCGCAUCAACACGCGCAUCUUCGUGGCGCGCGGCCGCGGCGAGAACCCGCAGCCCGGCACCGUCAUCGACGACGUCGUCACGCUGCCCGAGAGAUACGACUUCUUCCUCGUGUCCCAAAACGUGCGUGAGGGAACCAUCGCACCGACGUCUUACAACGUCAUCGAGGACUCGACUGGCCUGACCCCUGAUCAUAUCCAGCGGCUGACGUACAAGCUGACGCACAUGUACUUCAACAACUCGUCGUGCGUACGCGUGCCGUCCGUGUGCCAGUACGCGCACAAGCUCGCCUUCCUCGCCGCCAACUCGCUGCACAACCAGCCGCACUACUCGCUCAACGAGACCCUCUACUUCCUGUAGUGCAGUAGGUUACUAAUAUUAUAUCCGGCCAACAAGGUUCAUCUACUUACUUCGUACAAACACAUGUGAUGGCGGGAAUACCUACCAUUACGAUUAUCAUACGAGCUCAAGUUAAAUGAUCAAAAAAUAAAUCUAUGCCAUACAUAUUAUAAUAAUUCUAAUUUAAGGUUGUUUUGAAACUUAUGUUUGUUGAUUAUUCGUAUGUUUAAUUGUAGAACCUUCUGACGUCUUGUAUUUUGAAUCUAAUGAAACCGAGUUGUCUGGGGGUUAUGCUUCUUGGUCACAUUAUCUGUGGACCUCACUGGUAUGGUUGUGACGUCAUGGGCCAUUUGAAUGGGAAAAUGUGUAUGGUAUUCAAAUCGGUUAAGAAACUAGUCAGAUGUUGACCACCGCUAGUUUGUUCUUCGGUUUUUUAUUGUUAUUACAUUACAUUAGGCCUAAAACUUAAUAGACAUAAGAUACGAGUACAAGCCUGUAAAUUACCUAAACUUUUGAAUGCCAUCUUGCAAAACUACCUCUUUAUGUAUGGUACUGAGGCAUUCAAAGGGUUAUGACUAUUUGAUGUGAUAUUAUAUCUGAAGUCAACAAUUUGGUUGACCAAAGCAUAAAUUUUAACCUACUACAGGGUUAAAGGUCCAGUCUUCCUUACUUUAACCCCCUUAGCGCUAACGCUAGUGCCGCAUGCUUGCCUGAUAAAAAAUAUGGAGGCAGUGCGAGCGAAGAACGCGUUAAGUAUGUAAUAUUACGUCAAAGAAACGCCACCAAAUUAAACUUUCAGAAUUACAUUUUGAGUUAAGUAUUUUGACGAGUUACCCUCUUUGACGUGAUAAGUGCUAAUGUAAUGAUAUUUCUUGGAGUGAGACUACAAUGUAAGUUGGACACUACAUAGUAGUGAUCAGUGCAUUUAGAGAGUGGGCGCAGAUCCCUUUGGGAUUAGAAUAAGAGAAUCUCUUUAAUAUACACUUUUUGGAAUAUUUACACUGCGAACAUUCCAGAAGGUUUUGUUCGAAUUAUUAGUCGCUUCGAGGCGAAUAAAGUUAUCUUCGAUUUUAGAAUUGUUAGAUAAGUACAGAAUGUUGUAAACCCUAAGAUUUUAUGACAAUCAGUGUUUUUAAAUGCUUCGUCUGAUAAUUAUUUACGAUGCCAUCGGUCGCUGUUAGUUUCAGCAGACAUUUUCAAAAAAUUGUGUCAAAACUAUAAUAACGUUCUGAGUAAAUAAAUACGUGUCUUCUUUCUCAGUCCUAUGUCGCUAACGCUAACGUCAGUCAAUAAAACGUUAGUCGGUAACGGCUCAGCCACGACGCUACCUGCAACGGCAGCAGCGACAACCAUGGGAACGAAAGGUCCGAUCGCUGUGUCUCGCUCCAACCUAUAGUUAUCGCUGCCGCCGUCGCAAGUUGCUCAAUGUCGUGGCCGGGCCGUAAGUGUGGCGUAUUAACUCAGUACGUUAUUAUUAUGGACGAGGCCUUAAAGCUUUUAACGUUUUUAUUUGCAAAAUUAUUAAUUAUAUUUCAAGUUCAGUUAUUCCAGUAUUAGUAAGAUUGACCACUGGUUUAAGAGUUGAAAAGAUAAGAACUUGUUCUCAAAUUAUAAGAUGAUAUAUUCUUUGAUUUCGUAUUUGUUAGUGGCCAGGUCUUCGAGACUGUGCCCGCGUACCUAUUGCAAAAAAAUUGGGUGCUUUUUGCUCCUUAACAAUAAGGACCUUAAAAACUUUAUUAUUCAUAUAAAUAAAUAAUUACUUGAUGUGA